AUGGAUUCAUCAUUUUUAGCAAAGUUGUAUAGUGGUGGCGGUGGGCAACAUUUGAUUGGUGGACAAGAGAAUGUUGUUGAAGGAGUAUCACUAGACUCCUUGCUAAAGUAUUUUAGUCACGUCGUUUCAAAGAGUGAUUUGUACAAUCCAACAAAGUUUGAGCAACAACAACAACCAGAACAACCAGAACAACAACCAGCAGCAGGUGCACGACAACAAGAUGACGACGAUGAUGAUGAAGAAAAGGAUGAUGAUGAAGAGGACGAGGAUAAAGAAGAAGAAGAAGAAGAUGAAGAUGAAGAAAAGAAGGAAGAUGGUGGUGAUGAUGAUGAUGAAGACAAAGAAAAACAAGGAGGUAAAAAGAUAAAGGAUUCAAGUAACAACAAAAAGAGUGGAGGUAAAAGAGUAUCCAAUUCAAUUCUUCAAAUGAAACUAUUGGUUUGGAAACAUUUAAAAGAGACACUUGAAUAUGCAUCAAAGGAUCAUUCUUCCUCUACUUCCUCUUCUUUACUUCAAUCCGAUACUACCACUCCAUCUGAUCAAUCAUCAGAUGAGGAAGAGGAAGGAGGAGAAGAAAAUACCGAUAAAAAAGAUACCAAGAAUGCUACUGAAACAGACUCCUCAUCAUCAAAAAAGAAUACAACAACAAAAUCUUCAUCAAAUGAGACUUCAUCAACCGAUACAUCAACCAAAUCGAUUGAAAUGUUUUUAACAUGUAUCAUUGAAUUGAUUACAAGUAAAAUGCAAGAGUUGAAAAUCAAAGGAUAUGAAAUGAUGCAAGAGUAUCUUCAAACCCUUCGAAUCGGGUCACUUGGACAAGUGUCACAACAAAUCAUGACUAAAAUAUUCGAUCUUUUGAUCCAUGUCAUUGAAAAUGGACAGUCUGACCAAGAGCGUAUCAUUGCCUCUACAACCCUCAUCUCUCUAGUAGUAGCUCGUAAUUGUCAAAGUUUAACUCUUAGAAUGAUUCAAUUUAUUCUAUCUUCAAAAUAUCAAUCUUUAUUACCAUUAAAUUUAAAAAAUAAUAAUAAUCAAAUGAUACCAUUUGAAAAGGCAGAUUACAAGAUUAAUUAUUGUUAUGAAUACCAAAACAUUCAACAAUUAAACAAUUUGGCAUUGACAAUCACAAAAGUGUAUUCAAUGACCACUGAUGGCAUCUCUAUCUUUAUUCAUUGUAAUAUCGGUCUAUUAAAGAUCUCUUUACAUUCAUCCACCAGAAAAUAUAUGAUCAAUGUACAUAAAAAAUCAUUCCACACUACUCCUUCACUUUGUCAUGAUGGUGGUGAUCAUCUUGCUAAUGGUCACAUUAGUGGUAGUGGUAGUAGCGGUGGUGGUGGUGUCACAAUGAACGGUUCUUCUAGCUCGAGCUCCAAGAACGAGGACAUUGAAAUUGUAACAAAAUCAUGGAUGUUUAUCAUUCGUGACCGAUUGUAUUUUAAAAGUUUGGAUAUGGACCAAGGUAUCGUUUGUACAAUGACACUUGAUACCCUCGAAGAGUCAUAUCAGUCGAUUGAGGAUGAACCUGAACACCAACAACUCGGGCAACACCCCUACACACUCUUUUUCGACCAGUUUAGCGAGCGUAUUGGUGUGCUCGAGUUUAUCGUCAACAAAAAGGUCGCAUCCGAUCUCCCCAAGACGACCAUCCGUUACAUCAAGGUGUACGACGACCACUCGCUACACAGCGACACUUCAUCGGGCACCAAAGAAUUCGAGUUGUUUAAAACAAAAACACAAGUCCAACAAUUCAACACUGUAGUAUUAGAUCAAGAAUCCGAUGACACCGUUUUAAAGUCUUUGGAACCAUUUAAAAUCUCAAAGAUUUUCUCUUCCACUCGUGGUGGUUUAUUCUUUCAAACAAAGGAAUUAAAUGUUUAUUUUUUAGGUAGCAAUGGAAUAUUUCAAACAAAAAGUAGUCAACCUUUAAUGUUAUAUUCAGGAGAUGGAUGGAAACAAAUUAAAAAGAUGAUUUGGAAAGAACCUGAAGUGCUGUUUUUAGAGGAACAAUCGAAAGAGUUGUAUAGUUUGGUGGCACCAAAGAAAAGAGAUGCGUCACAGUUGAAGCAAUUCUAUUCCAAGCACAAGGUGACCGAUGCCAUCUAUUACAACUAUGGAGUGAUUAUCUAUUCGGCUGCCGAUCAACAAUUAUUGGCACUUGACAAGGAGAAGCCCGCAGUAUCACCAACCAAGAUACACUCGGUGCCCAGUGUCCCAUUCAUGGCCGCCAACGACACGGAUUUCUACUAUGUCGAUGGAGGUAGCAAGAAACUGCACAGUAUGACACUCGAUGGCAAGUGGGGUGUACAAGACGUCGCUGGGGUCGACGGAGACGUUCUUCAUUUACACGCUGCCUACCAGUCGGUCGUCAUUGUCACUACGACAGGCAUCUAUGUCAAGGGAAACAAUAGUUUUGGACAACUUGGGUUGGCGUCGUAUAAAGACCAACCAAACGCGUUCACAAAGAUUGACAAUCUCCCCGUUCAUUUGGAUUUGCAGACUAUUCUCAAAGUUGAUUCUGGAUUAACCUUUACGUUGAUUGCUACAACAAAGAACCAAAUCUUUUAUUCUGGUAAUAUCAAAGAUCACAAGCAAACCAACAUCUUUUUACAAAUGGUCGAUUUUAGUCAAGAACAUCAACAACAACAAAAAGUUGAAUCUUUUGCAAAGUUGAUCGAUAUCUCUUGCACAGAGUAUGGAUUCACAGUUUUACGUGAAAUCUAUGAUACUCAAGGUAUUCAAGAUUGUAGUAAUCAAUUUUAUAAUUUCAAUGUUUAUAUUCAAAAUCAACAAUUAUUUGGUAUUUUAUUACCUUUUUUCAACAACAACAACAACAAUAAUAAUAAUAGUAAAAAUAAUAAUAAUAAUAAUAAUGAUAAUUUAGGAAAUAUUGAAAAGAAUUUAAAAUUUAAAUUAUAUAAUAAUCAAUUACAAUUAUUGGAUGAAAUCAAGAUUGAUAAAAAGGAUCAAAUUCAAAUAUUUGAUUAUCCAUAUCAUCUAUCUCCCUAUGCAAGUUUUACAUUUGACAAUACAUCAAAGAAUAUUUCAAUUUUGGAAAAUGUUGAACAACCAAGUCGUAGCAAAGAAUCAUCAUCAUCAACAGUUUCAACAGUUUCAACAAUUUCAAAUGUUGAUUCAAAAUUAUCAUUUUAUAAUUCAAAACAACUUGUUGAUCCAUUGGUAUUGGUUAAUUCAUUAUUGUCAAACAUUUAUAAUAACCAAAUACUGUCGAAACAAUCGCCACAACCCAUUAAAAUACCAAACGAGUCCAAGUUUUUGUCAUCAUUGUCGACGUUUACCUUUAUGGUGCCACGAAAGAUUAGCAAUUAUCCAAUGUCUUCGACCAUUAGUUUUAUCAGAGUCAACCACCCUAUUCUUUUGAAAACAUUGGUUAUUCCAAAGUUUAAAGAGAUUUAUUUGUCGUAUCGUAUCGAGUCGUCUGAUGGCAAGCAAUUAGUCACGUCACCAAAGAAAUUGUACAAGACUAGUAUCAUCGAUCUCGUGUCACCAUUUGAAAUGCGUCCUGGUGUACUAUACAAGAUCUAUUUCAUCAACCAAGAUGGCAACAUGUGUAUCCAAGGCAUCAACUAUCAAAAAUACUCAGUGGCAGGUGUCAAGAUUGACAUGCGUCCACCCACCGUCUACAGAGACAGCCCACAGAUCCUCUGCGGUGUCAAGUUUUCAGUACUUCCAUCCAACAGUCUGACUAUCAGUGCCACCUCGGACGCUCUAUUGUCGGGUGACAAGAAAAAGCUCGACAUAUCAGAUUUGAAACAUCUUUUUGAAAGCAUAGAGUGCAUGUGGAGACAAUAUGUAGGCACCCUGCAAUCACGAUACACGUUUGAACAAAAGGUUGCUGAAGACGACUCAAUGUUACUCGAGUUGUUGGAGCAACCGUUACCAAGAGCCAUGUCAUUGUUGGCAGAUAACAUUGCAACGAUUGCCACCAAGGAUCAAGGCAUGUUUGAUGACUUUAUCAACUUUUUGCACCAGAUUUAUUGUAAUGCUGUGCUCUUUAAACAUGGACACCAUGCAAAUGCAAAUUUGUUUAGAUUGGUCAUGACACAGGUAAACAGACUAUUCACAUCAAGUUUUGGAUUGGUCUAUGGAUGUGACCAAGAACGUGUCUCGUGUAUUGUCUUGCUUGACCAACUGCUGCAAGUGGCAUCAAAAGAGGUCGUCAGAGCAGAGAUUCCAGGUAUCAAGUAUCUCCUUACCUCUGCCAUCUCUUCGCUAUCAUCCAAUAGCAAGGAUGAGUUGAAAGCACUGUCUCUUAUGGUCAGUGAAGAAGAUGCAUUCAUUACUGAGGCCACCAACCCAGUAUUGGUCAACUUUUAUGGAAACAUUCAAAAUCUAAUCUACAAGGAAAAGAAUUCAAAACGUGUUGGAAAACAAAAGGAUGAUGGCAAUAAUAAUAAUGGUGAAGAGAUGAUAUUUAUCAAUUUAUUAUUAUCAAUUGCUUCAAGAAUCAAUCUUAAAGAACAAGAGGAACAUGAUGAUGAUGAAGAUGACGAUGAAGGUGACCAAGAGGAUAUAAUUUCAGUGAAAUUAUUAAAUUAUAAAUUGGCAGCCAAUUUAUUGUUGGAGACUAUUUGGUCAUCGUCAUUGACACUAAAAAAGAUUGGUACGACGUAUGACCCACCUCCAGUAUUUGAUGUGGCGAGAUUCACGAGUACGAGUAGUUCGUGGAUCUAUGAAGAUUUGGUCGAUUCGAUUACAUUUGCCGUAGAUAGAACCAUCUAUGUGACGGGUGUCGGUCUAUAUGGUGACAAGGGUAGUUAUAGCGCGCAGGUAGCUCAUCUCUAUGGAAAGGCUGCUGCGCGAUUCCGCGACUCUCCUCCACCUAAUGUAAUCUAUACGCAAUGGCAUAACCAGACAUCACGAUACAUACACAAGAUCGAGUUCCACAAGGCUGUACCAUUACACCCCGGUGAGUUCUUGACUACUCAACAACUAUCCAACCAACACUUGUCUAAUGCGUCGUUGGCUGUGAUUGGCAGUCCACUUGGAACUGCCCAAUUGAGCACACCAAACCAUGUGCAGUGCGUCAAGAUGGAGUCGAGUCAUCCCUACGAAGAGUGUCUCAAGCAGACCAACGUCGUCGAGUUUCCCAAGACUGUCAAAUGGAUGGUUAUUCAAUUUGACCAACGUUCAUUGACGGCCAGUGAAAGCGACCGUCUCAUAGUCUGGACCAAAGACGAUUUCAGCGCGUCUGUAGAGUGCUCAGAGACACCCGUCGGUUUCUCGAAAAAGGCGUUCCCCAAGCUAUCACUUUUAGUGCCUGGUAACAGGUUGAUAUUUGACUUCCAAACUGCUUCUGUACCCAACAACAACGGUGCUGCUGUCAAUGUCGUCCAAAGAUACGGGUAUGCGUGCAAUGUCUAUGGCUACGACUCGUUGAGUGAGGAUGUCACCAUCCCGUUGGCACGUCUCGAGAGACAGCUGUCGUUCUAUAUCGCACAGCUCGCAUCCGAACCUCUCGUGUCUGACGAGCUCGUCGUCCACCCUAAAUCCAACAAGGACAAACUCAAGGAAAAGCAAAAGCAAAAAGAUGCUGCUGCUGCCAGGGACAAGGCUGCCAAAGGCAAAAAGAAAAAGAAUGCCAAUGACAGCGACGAUGAGGACAAGGACAAGGAUCUAGAACUCGAGCUUGAAAAGCAAAAACAACGUGAAAAGGAGAAAGAAGAACGUGCCAAGAGACUCGAUUUCGACGAGUUUGUAGUUGUCAAGGGUGGUGCGAAUCCAGCAACUGACCCAACUGGUGCAGCCUCUGAGAAAUCCAAACAAUUCUUCCAAAAGGUGUGGGAUCAAGUGUCGUCCAAAGUGUACUCGACUAGUGUCACCAAGGGACCACAGUCUCCCCAGUUUGUCGAUCCACAGCAUUCCGAGUUUAUCCAAGAUUUCGUCUCUUCAAAGGCAGAUACUGUCGGUUAUGAAGUCGACCAAUUCUUCCAGACUAUUGGAUACGCACUAUCAGAAUCACCCAAGGCAGUUGCUGAUAGACUCAACAACAACAACAACAAAAAGAAGAAAGAAAAGGAUCAAGAUGAAAAGGCUCAAAAGGAUGGUGACGGAAACAAGGAUGAUCAGGAUGACCAAAAACAAGACAAUGACAAUGAUCAAGAGGAUUCAAAACUAAAAGAUCAAGAAAAGGAAAAAGAGGACAAGAUCAAGGAAAAGAUGAAGUCAUUCCCAAUCAACAAUGAAGAACUAUCGGUAUUGGAUAAAAAGACACGUCUCAAACAACUCAAGAUUCUCAUUGAUCGCAAGAAACAACAACAACGCCUCUGGGAAAACAAAAAGAAGCUUUUUGCCAACAACCAACAAGCUGGUGAUAGUUCCGACGAUUCAUCUUCAUCUGAUUCAUCUUCCGAUUCAUCCGAUCAAGAAGAAGAAGAACUUAAAGCUGAUGAAGAAUCUGAUGAUGAAUUCUUUAAUCUUAAUGAAGAUGAAGAAGAAGAAGAGGAUGAAGCGGAAAAGGAAAAAGAAAAAGAAAAAGAAAAGGAGCAAGUCAAGAUCAAUGAUGAAGAAUCUGAAAAAGAUAAAGAUAUCAAGGAUGAUAAUGACGAUAUUACUUCUACCACUUCUACCACUACCACUUUAAUCACUGAUGAUCAAGAUAAAGAACAAGAAAUCAAAGAUGAAGAAGAAUUAAAUAACCAAGAUAAUGAUGAAAAAGAAAGUGAUGAUGAAAAGAUUGUAUCAGCAGCAACAUCAGUAGCAGUAAAGGAAUUCAAAAAGGAAAAGGAAAAAGAAAAAGAAAUCAAAGAAGAAGAAGAAGAAUCAUCAAUUGAAAUUAUAUCAACCUAUAAUUUAAUGGAAGGAUGGGAUGAAGCAAGUAAAGGAUUAUUUGUUGAAAUGUUAAGAUUGACAGGUACCACUGGAGACUUUGUUCGUGAAGUGACAAGUAUCAAGAACCACAAGAAAACAUUUGAAGAAUCAAAAGAGACUGAAGGGUUUGAACCAUUUGUCUCUUUGUGGAGAUUGAUCCAAAAGAAGUUAAACAAGUUGGCAUCUACCACUCCAUCAGUUGACGACAUUCCAUAUGAUGGUAUGCAAUCACUGUUUGGUGAGGAAUGUUUGUACGAAGAUACAAGCUCUGCAUCCAAGAAAUUGCCAUUUGAAAAGUUUAAAUUCUUGAUGGACUUUUUCAAUACUUUGGAACCUGUUGCUGAACAACAAAAACCAUCUCUACCAACAGAGACUGAUUCAUCUCCUUCUUCAUCCUCUUCCUCCUCUUCUAGAAUGAUUCAAUAUUCAUUUGAAGAAUUGAUGAAUAGUUCAAAUAUCAAUCCAUUGACAUUUAAUCUUUCACAUCCAUCCAACCAACAACAACCUUCGCACUCGAUGUCAUCGACCAAGAUCAAAUUAGAUAUUACCAAACCAUUGUUGUAUUUGAUCGAAGACAAAAUGGAAAAGAUCGAGUUUGGCAAGAUCAUCGAAGAGCACAACUCCAAGAUUAGAAGCAAGGUUGAUGCCAUUCAAACAUGGGUUAAGCUCGUUGAGAUGGUGCAAUCACCCAGCGCAUUUGAAAAUGUCAUUUGGAUGUUGGCAACGGUACUCCAUUCCAAGCAAGCACCCAAAGAGACACUGCCACAAGAUUGGCAAGGUCGUGUUGCCAACAACCUGCUACUUGCAUCGGAUAUCCACCCACUGUGUAAAAAGGAGUUUGUACAUCACUUCCACGCACUCCUCGAGACACUGUCCAAGCGUAUCAAUAACAACACACCAUACUAUUCCAACGACAAUAUUAUUCUCAACUCUUUGCAAUGUUUUUCAAUGUAUUUGUUGCCUGAGGACAUUGACUUUGUGCAAAAGUCAGAGAUCUUCCCAUUCAUCUCUAAGCUCUUGUCAGAGGUAAGAUCAUCUGGCCUCUCAACUCCACCCACACCCAUCAUCAAGAGUAAAGGAAAGGAAAAGGCUGAUACAACAGACCACCACCAUGAUGCAUCAUCAUCUACCCCAGAGUCACUGCCAGCCAUCUCAUUGAUGCAUUCAUCGACCACCAUGACAGUUGGUACGUUUGGUCAGUCUGUCGUCCCAAGCAAUAUCCAAAACAGCAGUUUCAAUAAUGUUGCAAGCAAGUGCAAGGUGGUAUUGAGUAAAUCACCCGAGAUGAUGCCAUCACUCUUUGACAAUAGUACACUCACCUUUUGGGAAGCGUCACCCAAGUCUACCAUCACCAUCACUUUGGACAAACCUCAGCCAGUCCAGGAAAUUGCAUUAUUUAUUGAUAAUGUAGCUGAUAAAGAUUACGUAGUAUCGGGUAUCAAGGUGACAGCCUCAUGUUGUACCGCCGAGAGCGGUGGAGUUACCCAAGAAGUGGUUAAAUCGAGAGACUUGCAAUUCAAUUAUAAUGGAUGGGUGUCGAUUGCUCUCAACGACAAUGUCACUGUUACUUCAUUUAUCAUUUCAUUCGAGUCGUCCAAUAAUGUUCGUGUCUAUCAAAUCAAGGUGUUGGUACCAGAAAAGACAACUACCAUGAAUCUAGUACCAAGCUCCAAGUUUGAAGCUGCUCUCAGUCUCUUGAAACUCUUGACAUUCCAAAUCUUUGGUAUUACAGUUCAACAACAACAACAACAGGAAAAGGAUAAACUAGAAAAACUAGACAAACAAGGAGGAGUUGAUCAACCACUACAACAACAACAACAACAGGAACAACAUAAUAUUAAAAAUCAUGUACACAACCUCAUCUCUGGUACUAGCGGUAUUAGUAACAUUCAAAAACAAAUAUUCUCUCUUAUCAGUACCGAAGUUCAAAAGGAAAUUAAUCAUUUGGAUAGUUUUGGUUGGUCAGAUUCACAGAAAAAGGAAUUGGUGAAUGAACAAGACGGAGAAAAGAACAACCAAGAUCAAGAGGAAAGAAAAGCUGCUGAUGGUGGUGAACAAAACUAUUUGUUUGAAUUGUUGACUACAUUAUCAUCAUUGUUGGAGAGUGAGGAAGGUAAAUCAUUCUUGCCAUCCAAAUCGUCCAUCUACUCGCUGUUGCCAUUGAUCCAUCAUGGUCAAGAAAGAGUGCAACACAUUUGCAUUAAUAUUUGUCGUAGAAUGUUGAUCAAUAUCAAGCCAUCAUUGUUUGACAACUUUGUCAAGGAGAAUCAGUCUGCCUUUAUCCGUUCACUUGGCUCGUUUGUCGAAUACCUCUUGUUGGUCAUUUCCAAGGGUAUCAGUCUCCAAGUCAAAGGAUUAAAAGAAAGAGAAAACAAAGAAAAGGACAAGGAAUUGGUUACAUUUGAUCAGUUGUUGCCAAAGGUAUUGGAAGGCACCGUCACCAACGAGGUGUCCAAGGAACUGAUCGAAAUGCUCAAGGAACUAUCUGCCAAGUCACAACCAUGGAAGGAAUCAAUCGACGAAGCCAUCCGCCACUUUAUCAUUGACAUGAAGAAGCAGACAUUGCUGCCUGCUAGCCAGUACUUGACCAAGAACAGCUUCUGGGCAAGUUUGGCCAGUUUGCUAGUGGUGUCUGGUAACAAUGAAAUGAUCCAAUCGAUCAACAGCAGCGACAGUGCCAAUGAUGACAAGUCGAGUAUUAAACUAUGCCAAAAUCACGAUGACACGGUUACUGAAGCCACUGUGCACUGUCAGUCGUGUGAACCCGUCUCGAAUCUCUGCAAUGAAUGUGAUCGCGUCAUCCAUCUCUCCAAGUCUAAACGUGACCAUGGUCGUGCUACCCUUGCCAACGACUCGAUCACCAUCCAAGUACACGAAAGUUGUAUCAGAUUGAAACUCGCCACCUCUCUCUUUGUUAUCGAUGUUGAAAAGCAAAAAGCGAUUGUCCAAACCACCAUCAACACACGGGAAUCACAAGAAGUGUGUCGUUUCUGUAAACAAAAACUCGAUCUAGAGAACCUCUUGCCAUCAUUUGGUAUUGCCAAUGUAUGUUCAUCGGCAGAGUGCAAAUCUAAAGCUCAAAAGUCGUGUACUGCCAUUCAUCCAUGUGGCCACCACUGUUGCGGUGUUCGUGAUGAACUUGUUUGCCUACCAUGUCUACACGGUUGCAAAAACAAUACCCCUGCCGAAGAAGGUGUCCCAACCAAAAGACUUGGCCAAGAUUGUGACGACUAUUGUAUGAUUUGUUGGACCGAAUCACUUUCAGAAGCACCAUCGAUUCAAUUGGAUUGUGGUCAUGUUCUCCAUCAUGAAUGUACCCAAUUAUUGUUAGAGAAACGUUGGACUGGUUCAAGAAUUACAUUUGGAUUUUCAAAAUGUCCCAUCUGUAAAGUACCAAUUCAUCAUCCAUCUCUUGAAUCAAUUACAUCUGUCCUAGAUAAUAUUUAUGGUGAAAUCAUUAAAAAGGGUAAAUUACGUUUAGAUUUCCUUGGUAUUAAAUCUGAUCCAGUAUUCCAAUCAGGAGGAAAAUAUGAAAACAAAGAAGAAGAUUAUAUUGUUGAACAAUUCUCAUAUUAUUUAUGUUUCAAGUGUAAGAAACCAUAUUUUGGUGGUAUGAAUCAAUGUGCAGCCGGAUUGGUUGUACCAGACAAGAUCAACGAACAAGAUCUUAUUUGUGGUAGUUGCAGUUCAAAUGAUAGUGUAACUAUAUGUCCCAAACAUGGAAAAGACUAUCUCGAGUACAAGUGUCGUUACUGUUGCUCGCCAUCUGUAUGGUUCUGUUUCGGUACCACUAGAUUCUGUUCAUUGUGUCACGAUAAACACGCUGAAUUAACAUCUCGAUCCAAACAUCCCAAAUGUCCAGUUGCUCCUGGUGGCAUUGAGAUGCCCGGCGACAUUUGUCCACUUGGUAUUGACCAUCCUCCAACAGGUGAAGAAUUUUCACUUGGUUGUGGUUUAUGUAAAUAUAAUUCUCAAAACUUUUAA